UGGUGCAAUUCCUUCCCUAUGUAUCAAUCAUACUUUCCUUCAAAACCAUUUUUAAUUAUUUAAGGUUAUAUUUCAAUUGUUCAAAGCAUAUAUAUUAACUAUUUGAGUUUCUUCCUAAGCAUUACCUUUACUGCAAUAUUUGAAUGUUUUUCCCAAAUUUCUGUGACUAAAUUGGAUCCUGCUCUUCAAAUUCCUCCAGGUGUUUGUAAAAUGUCGAUUCGAACAAACAAGAUGAAAGCAGUAGCUGUGUUGAUGAAGCAGUUGACGACAGCAAGGAGGAAAUUUGAUGAAAGCGGAAGAGAUGAAUCAUUUGAUGGGGAGUUGGAGAAGUUGCGGUCGGUUCUGAACAAGAUAAAGGAUGUGUUUAUGGAAGUGAAGAAAAAAGAAGAAAAAUUGCUUGACACAUUAGCAGAGGUAUAUGACCAUCUUCGCAGGUUAAACCGCAGGAAGCUGCAUGAAGACAUGCAUAGCAUUUGCGAGAGUAUCAGAGAUUCUGCUCUCAUGUUGCUCCCAACGCUUGUUUUUGAUGACUCAUCCAAGGAUGAAGAUCACAAGGGUGGCAAAAUAUCUCACUCAUUGGAAGAGUUGGUGCAGCCCCAUCAUCAGAAUAAUUGGACUGUGGAAGAUUAUUACCUGUUACACGAUAGAUUUAAACGUUGCCUGUGGUCUCUCCUAAUUUUCCCUGUGAACGCUGUGAUAAGGAAAAGAAAUGCAAUUAAUUUGUGGAUUGGAGAGGGUUUGAUUGGAAAUACAUAUAACAAAACAGCAGAGAAAGAGGGCGAGGAUGUGAUUGAUGAUCUUUUGAAAUGUAAUAUGAUUGUACGCUGUGACAAUGGGAAGGGUCCCUUUGUCAAUAGAUUUCGAAUUCUUCCAGGGGACCCUCGUGGUGUGUUGAAUUUAAUUAGAGAUUUAGAAAAUAUCAAAUCAUCGCCAUCGCCGUUACAGCUUGAUAUAAAAAACGUUACAGUAGGUAGAUUUGAUGCAAAAGAUCAUACUUUACGUAAUAUUUUUAAUAUUGGUGCAAGUUAUCUGAAUUUUAGACCGCAAUGGGCCACUGAAUUGAGGAAUUUAGAGGUGCUUCAACUUGGGCGUUGGCAAGAUUCAGCUUUGCAUCACAUUGAAGUUGGGAGUCAAGAAUUCUUGAAAGAUCUGAGAUAUCUGGAAGAGUUGAAGUAUCUGAGUCUUCGAGGGAUAUCAAGAAUAUUCGAGCUUCCAUCCUCCAUUGCUGAACUUGAGAAGCUACUGAUUCUUGAUGUGAAAGCAUGCCAUAAUUUGGAAAGACUACCUGAUGAUAUUUCAUCAAUGAAAAGUCUGACACACCUUAUUAUGUCCGAGUGUUGGCUUCUAGAGGGCAUGCCAAAGGGGAUUGAGAAUCUGAGUAAUCUGGAAGUACUGAAGGGAUUUCUAAUAAGCACUCCUGAAAAGACUCCUUGCAGAAUAUCAGAUCUUGUAAACUUGAGAAAAUUAAGGCGACUCAGCAUACGUAUUGGAAGUGAGGCCGAGAUCAGAGACGGGGAGUUUGAAAAUUUAAAAUAUUUUUCAGCACUUGAGCAUCUCAAAAUAUCUUGGAGUGUGUCUGACCCAAAGUAUGGUUAUAUUCGUGUGAUUUUGCCACCAAGUUUGAUAAAGUUGCAUCUUGAAUGUUUUCCUGGAAAUAGUUUUGUAGAUUGUUUUAUGCCAGGCAGUUAUGAUAGUGGGUUGUCGGAGCUAAAUAUCACCGGAGGAAAACUUGAAAGUAUGAAUCCAAGUAUGUUAUUGUGGAAAGUGAAAAUACUGCGUCUCAAGUACCUUAAGCAAUUGCACGUCAACAUGGAUGAUUUGAAAGCAUGCUUUCCUGGGCUCAAAUAUGUACAAAUUAAACAAACCUCAAACGUUUCAUAUAUUGAGCGUGAAUUGAACUUCUAACAUGGAUCAGUUACUGAUUGAAUGUUGUGUAUAUUUAUCUUGUUCUAUGAAUAAUUGCGUUACUUACGCAAGAUGUCUCUGUAUAUCUAAAGUGUGUCUGUAAGAGUGAUUGUAAGGAAAAAUUAAGUAUGAUAUGUCUCUGGUACUAAACUUUUUUAUCUCCCAAUCAAGUGCUCUGAA